AACUUGUGUCUGCCUUAUGAUAGUGCCACGAUCUUACCUGUGAAGUUCUGUUAAUUUUCAGUGAGAUAUGGUUUAUUAAAGCCUAUAGUAUCGUGAUAAUUGGUUUUCAGGACUGUGACAGUGAUAUUAAAUUAUUGAUAUUGUGUUAUUAAAUUUUGAGCCUAGUUUUGUUAUUCUGUUUUGAAAAUGAGACUUUUUUAUAUAGUGGGUGACAUAUUUCAAAAUGAUUAAACUUUUCUUCAAAUAAUUAAUCAACAAUAAUCCAAACCUCCAUCAAGAACAAAGGCAUGGAAGACAAUGUGGACUCUAUUUCUGAUAUAAUAAGUUGUACAACCAAGCAGAUCAAACAAUCAAAAAUUCCAGUGACUCAGGUUUUUUAUGAUAAAAAAAUAGUUUCUGUCAGAGGUUUUAAAUUUCCAGCCGCUCACCACACACUAAAAGAUGUGAAAAGAACAGAUAUAGAAAAGAGUAAAAUUAUUCUAAAAGUGAAUUCAGAUAAAGAAACAAACGGAACUGCAAUUGUUUUUACCUCCAGUUCAGAAGAAACAUGGACUAAUAAAGAAAAAAGAGGUAUUAUAUCAAAAUUUUCAAACAAAAUAUUAAAAAGUGCCGCCAGUAUUAGGAAGAAAAUUAAAACAAAAUGUUCAGGUUACAAAUGUGGAAACCAACGGAAGUCAUCUGUACAAUUAAAAAUGAUGUCAUGUCCUCCCCGGUACAAUUCUUUAACUGGAAAAGUUAUGAAAAGGAAAGAACAAUAUUACCGACACAUUUGGAUGCCCGUUGAGGAAUCCACAGCCAAAGAUUAUUUGGAGAAGCAGUUUAGCUGGAAGGGAAACAUGGAAAAUGGAUUGAAAUUCAACAGCAGACUCACAAAAGAAAGUACUCCGCUCGUUUUGGUCAAUGACAGGAAGCUGCCGUUUUCCCAAAAGCUUGCCUAUGGACUUGGUCAUUUCUACAAUGACAUCUGUGCAGCUAUAUGGUUUACCUAUGCCCUCAUCUUCCUACAGCUGGUUGCAGAAAUGGGACCAGUCAAUGCUGGCUUUCUACUGUUUAUCGGACAAGUAGUGGAUGCGAUAACGACACCAGUCGCUGGAUAUUUGCUGGACAGGACAGUCAACCGAAAACGAUGGCAUUUGGUUGGAAGCCUGUUGGUACUGGUCAGUUUCCCGCUUAUAUUCACGACACCAGGGGCUGUGAUGGGAGCCUCCAUCUGGGUCCAGAUGGUCUACUUCAGUCUGUCUAUCUCAGUGUUCCAAGUGGGCUGGGCGGUCGUGCAGAUCGCUCACCUUUCACUGCUGCCCGAGCUCACAACACUCACCGAGGAACGGGCGCAGCUCACAGCUCACAGAUACACAGCAUCAAUGGCUGCACAUAUCCUGGUGUAUUUUGUGGCUUGGGCUCUCUUGAGUUCCUCUCAUGCUAUGAAUAUGAAAUUGGUCGGGCCAUCGGACUCUUGGAGGUUUCUUGAUUUGGCGAUAGUAACGAGUGUUAUUGGACUGAUCGUGACCAUGGUGUUCCACUCAGCCCUCAAGACAACAAGGGGGCUGUUUCCGCGGCUACCACGCAAACAGGAGAUCCUGUCAUUGCAAGCCAAGUCACUCAAGUUCUUCCGGUCUCCGCACCUCUACAGCGUGGCCGUGAUCUACACGAGUAGUCGACUGUUCAUGACACUCAGCCUGGUCUACAUUCCACUGUUCAUUAAUGAGACGGUGCUGUCACAGGUCGGCACUCUUGCCACCGUCCCCCUUGCCUCCUUUCUCGUUUCGGCUUUCGCUGCACUCAUCGUCAAACUCUGUAGCGUCCACUGUGGGGGCCUCAGGAUCACAUAUCUUAUUGGAAGUGCAUUUUGUCUUCUCGGGUGUGUACUGGUCCACUUCAGCUACAGCAAAACAGACGAUACAUCCAAAGUGUUUGGUGUUGCAAUCCUAUUUGGUGCGGGCAGUUCCAUCACGAUGGUAGUCAGUCUGUGUGUUACUGCCAACUUGAUCGGACUGGACACUGAGUGCGGAGCGUUUGUCUACAGUACAGUCACUUUCGCCGACAAACUUCUCAACGGUUUAGCCGUCAUUAUUAUUGAGGAAAUGAAGUGUGCGAACACUGCAGACUGUCCUUACUACUAUGGUGGUGUGCUGAGCUACGUCAACAGUGGAGUGGUGUUCUGUGGUCUGGCAGUCGUGUUUAUGUUACCUACUGAACUGUUUGCUGCCACCAAUACCAAAUAACAACCAUGCAUCUUUCAUAUUCACUGCCACAUACUGGUGUACUUAUAUUCCAUUGUAUUACAUUAUUUAUUUACA